UUUAAAUCUUAUAUAUUAACAUUUAAUAUUUUUUGUAAUAAAUUAUCGAAUCUAAUAAAAAAAUUUAACUGUUAAUAAAAAUUUAUUUUUAAUUAAAUAAUAAAUUAUUUAACUAUUUAUUAACAGUAAUAAUAAUUUUAACCAAUUUAAAUUUUAUGUAAGAGUUUGGGAUCAAAAAUAUCUCUUUGCAAAUAAUAGUAUAGAAGUACAUUAGAUUUGUUGUUACGUUCUUUACAAACACAGCAUUCAUGAUUAUUCAAAACUACCGGGGCCUUUUCAAGUUUUUUUGUUUGACCGAGGGGCUUCUUCAAGUUAACAGAAAAGUUUGAUGUAAAAAUGAAUACAUAUGUUUAAGAGGCCCUCUUGUCGUUAUCGAAUUACAUGAUCUGAUUUUUUUUUUGAACACUACAUGAUCUGAUUAAGCGUAUGAUUCCAAACUAUUAUUUUCUAUUUCUGGAAAAUUGUUUUUAUAACUUCCUUAUUUCAUUUUUUAUUCGUGUAAUAAAUGAAAAGUCAUGAAGUCGUAUGUGUGAUUGUGUCGGUAUUCAAUUUGUUGUCAUUACAUGAGUUAUUGUAAAGAACAUGUCGUGGACUCAUAUUUGCGCUCGUAUUCAAAUUGUAUUAGUAUUUUUUUAUAAAGUAAGGAGAGAAAAAGAAAGCGACACAAUAUUAGUUGGAAGUGGAAUAUUUUAUAAUUACGUGGCAGAAUUUAUUUUGUGCGAAAAGCACAUCUAAUAUCAAUAGUAAUUUACAUAGUUUAGAUUGUAAAUUCUGUUGAUAAAAAAAAGAUUGUACAAAUAUCUAGAGAAAAAAACUAAUUAUACUAACUCACUUGAUCAACAAUAGUUACCAAAAAUAAUAUAUCGAUACUUAGACUUCGAACGAUAACAUGGAGAUAACACUUGGAACAAGUGCGAUCAGGGCCGAACCUGAAAAAUACUGGCCCACAAGCAAAAAUUACUUUUAGUCAUUUUGUUUAUAAAAAAACAGUGAAAAUAUUAAAAUAUAUGGCUGGGGUGAUUUGAAACCGAGUCUAAUAUCGUAUUCACAACAAUGUUACAGUAGAGUUACCAGCUCUUUAUAUUUAAUGUUGGUCCCAAAAUAUAUAUAGUUUUUGUAGGAUCCCAAGCACAUACUUGAUGGGUUUUUAUUCAGACCCAGCUUUGAGUACAGUGUAUUAUAUAGUAAUAUAAAUACAUAAAUAUAUAAUAUACGUAAAGAUUUUUGUUAUUAUUCAUGACGGUGCAGUGCCAUCCAUCACCGUUUGAAGCUUUAGUCAAAAAUGUAUAUAAGUUUACAUGUGUCAGACUUGCUGCUAAUACUUAGUAGAAGUAAAUAAAUGAAAUACUACUAUAUUAUAGAAUAGGUAAAGUUAGUGGCUGCUGCAUUAUCUGUACACUCUCCAUUGGCCAGCAGAUACAAAACUGUCUUUUGAUUUGCCAAGGUUUUCCUGAUUGUAAAGUCCGAAUAAAAACGCGUUAUGUAUUCACGACAUGUGUCUCUAAUGUCAUUUUUGGACCAAAUUCCACUUUUAUGCUAAAUAUAAAAGGCCGAAAAAAGAAAGAAAAAAAAGCUAAAGAUAAAAUCGCUCUCUAUAUAUAUCCAAAAAGGAAUCAUAGUAAUAAUGUAUAGUGUAUACUGUAUAGUGUAUACAUCCAUUUAAAAAAGCAAGUGCAGUUGUGGACCUGUGUAAGAGAGAAUGGGUAGAUGACAUGCAAUGCAACUCUCUAGAAGCUAAAGUAGAUAUCUAGAAUCAGAUCAUAUCUUUUUUUUUUUUCAAAUCAUAUCUUGUUUGGUUAUAAACAUCCACUAUUUAUCAUUUUUCAAAAGAUUUGUGUUUAUUAAUUUGCUUUUAUGUAAUGAUUUAGAAACAUGCAAGUUAUAGGUUUUCCCUGGAAUGUUGAUUGAGAUCAGUAUGACCUUAACACAUAUAUUGCAAAAGGUGAAUUAGAUACGUGUAACCAGGAAUAAACCAAAGUGAACCAACGGCAGUUAGACUAGUUGCACUUGCGAGAUAACUCUAAUACGGUGAAUUUGUAGUUCGAUUACAGUUGGCCACUAUAGAAUUUAUGAAUGUUGGUAUUACUGAGACCCACAGAUUAGUCGGUUGACUUCGAUCGCCAGACAUUAUGGCUAAUUUCAAAAAGAAAAAAAAAAAGAAGUGUUGACAUGGACAAAAACACGGGGUCUAGUUUGGACGCUUCUUGUUAGGAAAUUUGCGAUCGUGUUUCUGGUUCUUGGUUCAAAGACCACUUUGACAACUUGAGUGUUGAAUAACGCAUACAUUUCUGUUUAAAUAUACAAAUAUUUAUAUUUGCGUAAUGAUUUAUGAACAUAAAAGAUAUAGAUGUUCCAUCGAAUGGUGAUUGAGAUCAAAUGGUCAAUAUAUAUAUAUAUAUAUAUAUAUUUUGCUUAUCUUUCAACGAUUUGAUUACUUUUGAAUGAUAACAUCAGAUUAUAGCGCAUCAACAAAUUCGAUUUACAUACAAUAGCGAUUAUUUAUAUAUACAUAUAACGAAUUAACCACUAUGCCAAUUUUGAGUUGAUUAUUAGUAGCGAACUUGCAAAAAAAUAAAAGGAAAAAAUAUAUAUAUAACUUUAUCAAAAAAAAAAAUAUAUAUAUAUAUAUAUAUAUAUAACUGAGAAAUAAUCGAUGGUAACUGCUAAAGUGUGUAUAUCUAUUUAGUAAAACUUUAUAGCCAACAUAAAAUAAUUAUAUACGACGGCAGCUACAACAAUCAAAAACUCACAAGAAUCAUCGAAAAGAAAAUAAAUAACAAAGUUUAAUUAUACAUGGGGUUGGGUGGUGUAAUGGUAGACGAAUUCUGUUAAGAUAAAAAAAAUCCGGAUUUGAAGCAAUUUUAUGAUUCUAAAUAGAGAGAUUUACACUUUAAGACAGUUUUUGACAUUUUAUUACAGUAUAGGACAGUUUGAGAUACAGAGGUAGUUUUCAGAGUCAGAAAGAUAAAAUUGCCCUCAACUAACAACUUUCGUUUAUUUAUUUAUUUUUGGUUUAACACCUCUUCCUCUUUUUUUUCAUAGAUUCAAGUGGGAUGAAAAGAAAACAUAUGGGUAUACGACGACAAUUUGUUUUUAAAAUUAUUAAUUUAAUGAAAAAAUGUAUACAUCUAAAUGUUUGAUUUAUGGUUAUACGUAGAAAUCUUUUAUACGUAAGUGUUGUUUUCUACUUUUUCUAGUUUAAACAAAAAUCAUAUUUGCUGUAAAACCUGUAUAAUCAUUUUUCCGCUCACAAACUACAAACUUUAUUUUGUGGUAAAACCAGAACCGCGUUUUUUUUUGGUAAAAUAGCAAAAUCAAUUUUUCAGUCAAAAUUAUAGAACCGCUUUUCUUUUACUAAAAUAAUAAAAUCACAUUUUCUCAAAAAAACAAAAAUUGUAUUUCACGUAAAAGUUGCAUGAUCACAUUUGCCCAACACAAACCACCAAUAAAAGUACAUUUGACAUUGUUUGAAUGUACACUGAUUCACAAAAAACAAAUUGUACAUUGAUUCACACGUAUCCAUAUGUACACCAACUCAAAUGUAUCCACAUGUACACUGAUAAAAUUGUCAUACAAUCCUAUUUCACGUAAAACUUGCAUGAUCACAUUUGCUACACACAAACCACCAAUAAAAUUACAUUUAACAUUGUUUGUAUGUACACUAAUUCACAAAAAAAAAUUCUACACCAACUCAAAUGUAUCCAUACGUACACCGAUUCAAAUGUAUCCACAUGUACACUGAUACAUAAAUAUCCACAUGUACACUAUACCAAAAUAUAACAUUACUAGCUAGACAAUUACAAAUCUGUUAAACAAUGUUUCAACAUGUAUAAGGUCAAACAACAUUCAUGUAAUCAUAUAUUUCACUAUCCACGUAUAUACUAGACUAUAAAUAUAACCACAUGUACACAGACUCGGCAAAAUAACCAUAUGUACACCAGUUCAUAAAAUAUCUACAUAAACACUGUUUAUGUACCAGUAUCCGACUAUACAUCUACAAGUUCGAUAUUUAUGCAAAUUUCUUUCUUACUAGCUUUUUAAAUUUUCUUUCAUCUUAUUCCCUCAACAGGGAAUGUUUUACAAGUCAAAAUGAGACAAAUCUGUUAAAUAAAGGCAACAAAGUUUGCAACACAUGUGAAACUAUUCUCAGCAUAAGGAAGAAUAAAGAAGAGAUAACCAGAUGGUGGAGGGAGUCACAGCUGGAUGAACUUAGACCACAUGUAUAUGUAACUCAUCAAAACAUUGACGUUUGAUAUUUACUGAAGAAAGGCUCGAUUGGGUGACUCGGACCCGGGUUAACCGAGUCUUAACUCGGUGGCCUUGAAACUCAGACUGUCAACUACACUUCUCCUCUCCCCUUUUCCGCUCGACUGCUCUGUGAAUCCUCCACUUCUCUGCUCGUAGUUCGUCUUCUCCGUUAACUUACAUACUUUACAUGCUCCAACAUCUCUUUAUGGUGGUGUAUUGCCCUAUAGAGGCGCUGCACACAUCUCCUUUUGUAAAGAACAAGAAAGGCAAAGAGGAAGUGAAGCAGACGAGCCGCAGAAACUGACCAGUGAGGACGACGACAGUUUCGCUGCCUCGGAUUGGAUCCGGGUUUGUAAAGGCAGAGUAAGGGAGAGGGUCAAGCAUUGAUGGAGAUGCAGCUGAAUCAAGAGCGAUGUUGCCGGAAAGGGGGCAGGAGAGAGAGAGGAUAUAAGAGAUUUUGGACAAAACGAUGUACAAUAACUCUUUUAGUAAUACUGUAAAUCGAUCAAAAUUUUCCAAAUUUCAGAAUAAUAGAUGAAGAAGAUGAUAGAGCUGAGGUGACCGUAACCACAAAUAAAAAUAAAAAAAUAAAAAGAUAGUGUUUGAUUUCAAUUUUGUAGUUUAGUGUAAAGAAUAAGAAAAGGGUAAUAUUGAGUUUUCACGUGUUAAACGAAGGAAAAGUUGCAUUGGAAAAAGAGAAAAGUGUCUGAGUAGUUGAAACUGUCCUAGAGUGUUAUUUGUAAGUGUAAAACUGUCUUACAAUGUAAUAUUCUCUUCUAAAUAUGUAUGGGCUAAACGACAUGUGUCAAAAUCCUAUUACGAGAAACCGAAUUUGUUUGACGCUGGUGGAUAGACACCCAAAAGACUAAUUAGUUGGAUUUUGGUCCGUUGUAUAUUCGCGAUUAUAAAAAAAUAUAAAAAAUAAAAGAUUUAAUUCCUUUUUGAUAAAACUGCAAUAGAAUUAAAACAACCACAUAUUCAUUGGAAAGAGAAAAAAAAGUUUGUGGCUUGCGACAGAGAAAAACACCACCAUGUGAGUUGUUCAAAGUGAUUGCUUCUGCGCACCUCAUUUUUCUUUAACAUGGUGAAUGCAUUCUCUUAAAACAAAAAAUUAACAUGAAAAACGUCUCCUAGCUUACAGUUAAGUUUUCAUAAAAGCUCUAACUAGCCAAAAUGGUAUGACAUUCGCUUGAUAACGUUUAUUUUGUUAUAUUUUACUAUAAAAUAAAAAAUCUCUAUAAUAAAGAUAGAAUAUGAUAGAGUUUGUUCCAAUAUAGUAAUUUUUAAAAUAUAGAGUACAAAUAAAAAUUGAUAUUUAUUUCCCUAAAAAUAGAAAAAAAUAUAAUUUAUAUUUUGGAGGAAUAAAUACCAAUAAGUUAAAAUGAAAUUGACGCUAAAUUAUUGUAAUAAAAAAUAGUAAUGAAUUAGAAAUACUCUUACCAUGUAACCAUGAGUGUUGGAAUCCAUAUUCAUUAUAACCAGAAAAGUAAAAAAGAAGUUAUGAAGUUAGACCAGGUUUAAUAUCUCAGAAACCACUACAUCUAUGUAUAUCACACGAGGAAAUACAAGACUGUAAUAGAAUAUGAUUCACAAUCGCAUGAUUUAUUUAGGUUCUAAAUGGUAAAAAUGGAAUAAAAUUGUUGAAAUAAAAACUUUUGGGAUUGAAUUAUAGUUAAACACUUUUCUCAAACGUACUGACCCAAUGAAAAUAAUUGGCUAAUAGGCCUCAAUCUAGGAUCCAGAAUAAAAGUUCCCUAAGCCCAUAUAGUUUCAUUUCAACUCAUUUCCUUACAGAAUCAUCGCAAGUAUAAAACAUAAUGUAUUUUUUAACCCUAAUUUAUCAUGAUUUUAUAAUUAUGAUACGAGAAAGAAUACAUAAACGAUUCGACAACCGACAAUAUUAUCUGCUUUGUAAAGACUUACGCCUAAUUGCAUCACUUGAGCCGUCCUAUAAAGAUCUACAACUGGCCAGAUUUACUUGCCCCAUGUUAAAAAUCCCUUGAAAUCAUUUUUUCCAUAAAAAUUAAUGUCUAUAAAAUCGUACAUCUUACAUCCGUAUAUCCAUAAAAUAUUUAUGAACAUGAAAAUAUACAUUACUCUCUCAUUUUCAGUGAAAGUCAGAUUCUUCGUCACUCAACAAUGAUUUUUUUUUUCUAAACACUUUUGGGUUUGGUCUUUUUUUUUUUUGAUAUCAAACACUUUCGGGUUUGGUCAAAAAUGAUCCCAUCACCUCAUCAUAUACAUGUCGACAUGUCGAUACUGAUACUAUACAAAAAAACUCUGAAUCUGGAAGGAAUAAUAAAGGAAAAAAUAUAUUUUUGUUAUUGUUUUACAGCUAAAAAUAACCCCACCAAACACAAACACAAACACAAACAAAACACACUUUAGGGAAACCCCACGCAAUAGCCACGCACUUUCAUCUCAUAUUUAAAAACCUUAAUUUCUUUCACUAAAACCCUAAGGUCCCGUUUCUUACUAUCUUUCUCUAUAUACAUACACACAUUAAUAUAUAUGGCUGACCAUAAAGAUCCUUACACUGAACCUAAACCUAUAAGCCAAGCUUCUUCAUCGUCAGUUACUAUUGUUCCAGCUCACACGUGCGGUUACAGUCUCUCAGAGUCAUCCACGUGUGAAUACUCUUGUCCACUUGCUACUGUCUCUUUUGCGGCUGCUUCUUCUACUACAAGUAGUAACGAUAAUGUCACCUUAAUGGCCACUACCGAGGCCGGCCCUACCCCUCGCCGGAAAAAGCAUCCGAUUUAUCGUGGGAUCCGUUGCCGGAGCGGAAAAUGGGUCUCCGAGAUCCGAGAGCCUAAGAAAACGACACGUGUCUGGCUCGGGACUUAUACGACGCCUGAGAUGGCUGCCGCCGCUUACGACGUGGCGGCUUUAGCUCUUAAAGGCCGAGAAGCCGUCUUAAACUUCCCCGAGUCUGUCGGGAGUUACCCUCUUCCGGUAUCCUCCUCCGCAGCUCAUAUCCGAAUGGCUGCGGCUACGGCUGCUGCUACGGUGGGCGCUGAGGCUGCAGCUGCGGCUGCCAAUGCGGCUGUGAAGGAAGGUGAAAAAGAAGUUGAGGAAGUUGCCGAGGUGGUGGGAUCUUCAGCUAUGGAAUUUGUGGAUGAAGAAGAGCUAUUGAACAUGCAUGGUUUGCUAGAGGAGAUGGCGAAGGGGAUGAUGGUGGCUCCACCGUGGAUGGGGUCUCCUCCGUCCGAUGAUUCGCCGGAGAAUUCCCAGGAAGAGAGCCUCUGGAGUUACUGAUUUAAUUUUGUAUUGUAUGCUUUGUUUACUUUUAUGCGAAUCAUAUGUGUUCUUUAUCCUAAUGAUGAUCACUUAUCUGAGAUGCUUAAUUUUGUUAAAUAAAUCGUAUGUUUUUCUCACUUUUCAAUAUUCAAGAAGAUAAUGAUCAACAAUCAGUAACAUUUUUAUGUUUGGAGUGUUCUUGAAUUAUGGGAUUAGGGUUUUUAUUAGCUUAUCUAGCCAUUACCUUUUGUAGUUGUCUCUUAUGUUUUGACGUUAAUUUAUGACACUUUCAUGAAUAUCUAUAUUUUGUUAUACUAGUUUUCAUUAAUUUAUUUAAAAGAAAUGGUACAAAAUGAAUUUCCUCUAAGAAUCUUUGAGACUAGUUAGAGAAAGGCAAUCUGUAAAGAUAGGGAUCCUAUUCAGGCCGCGCGCCGAGAGCUUAAGUUGGGAGCAGAUGCAAGUAUAUGUUCAUCGUACCAGACUACCAGUUACAAAACAUAUUAACGGAUUUUAAAAAAAAUUCUUUUCUUUUUUAAAUAUCAAACUAUGAGAUUAAGAAAACUUCCUUGUGUAUUUUGGAACUUUACUAUAUGAUUAAUACAAAUCUAAAGUCGUACUAAAUUAAUUAUGAAAUUUGCAAUAUAGUGUUUUGUUAUGCUUUCACAAAGCGAGGACAAAUCUAAAGUCGUACCAUAAAUCAGAGACACUCUUUGGUGGGAUCUGUUUAGUAUUUAGCUAAGCUCUAAGCAGUUAAUAUAGGUUUCACUUCCUUCAGUAUAUAUGUUUGAGUUCUAGAGGUUGCAUUAUAUCACAUAUAUAUGUAUAUUGCAUUAUAUCUCACACACAUAUAUAUAUAUAUAUACAUAAGGCUCCUUAUAAUUACUCUCGAUUAGAAAGAUAAAACUAAUAAUAUAUGUUACUAACAUUCUGACAUUUUCUGAUACCUACUAUAUGGCCUCAAGAUCAGAUUUUGUAUCCAACUCGUUUGUAUUGUGUCAUUAGAUAAAUUCUAUUAUAUUUGGACUAACUAGUACUGCAUGAAUUGCUAACAUAAAGCAAAUCUAUUAUGUUCUGGAAAUCAUAACAAUUUAGAUCUUGAAUGACGAUGAAUACAUGUAUGCCUGAGUUGAAGGGUUAAACCUACUUCCAGGACCAUGAAUUUUGGAGGUGCAUUCAGAAUACUCGCUGCACUCAUCACCACACUCUGACACUCUCACAUACAUAAAUACAUAAAAACUAUUACAGAAAAUGCGACGUUGUAUAGAUUUGAAUCUAAUUGUCAGGUUAUCGUAGUAUCUGACGCUGACGCAACGUCAUGAUGUAAAAAACAAUAUUUAAAUUUGACAUGUCGGAAGUCUCAACAUUUGAGUUUGAUAGUGGCAUUGAAAUACCGAACCCAGUCAACAUUUGAAGGGAUGGAAAAUUACCCAAAAUCUUAAAAACCUAAAUGAACCAAUCCAGUUUCAAAUGAUAAACAUCUAACAAUUUUAUAUUUAAAAUAUUUUGGAUAUCUAAAUUGAACCAAUACUAAAUUGAGGAUUAAAUAAAUAUUCUAAAUAUCUAAAAUACAAUAUGUAUUUAAAAUAUUAUAUUUAGAUUAUUAAAAGUGAAAUACUAGUUUGUUUAAACUAUACUAUAUGUAUCACCUGAAACUACUCAAAUAUCUAUAUUUAAAAUUAUUAAAUUAUUAAGAAUUAUUUGAAUAUUAAAUGUGCUUACUUGAUCUACCUGGAUAAUUUGAUAUUUUAAUCUAAACUAGAUAUUGACCCGCACAACCGUGCGGGUAAUUAAUUUCAUUUUUACACACAUAAAUAUUAUUUUCAUAAGAUUAAUUGUAUAUAAUUUUAAUAUACACCAUAUUACCAAUUGUUUAAUAUAACAUUUGAAAAGACAACAAUUUUAUAAUUCACAUGAAAUAAUUAAAUUUAUGUUUUGGAUUGUCAAUGAUAGCAUAUUUUCAAUCAUGUGAUACAAAAUUCUAAAUUGAAAGUUUUAUUAGUUAAAGAUCAAAAACUUAAUUAAAAAGUAUUAUAUUAAAUUAAUAUCGAAAUAGUAAUACAAAAUUGUACAUUAGUUUAAUUAUAAUUAACAAAAUUAAUUAGAUAUUUUAAAUGUUUGUUUUAGUUAAAAUGAAACGUACAUUCUUUUUAAAUAAACACAAAACUAAAUAUUUAAAAGUUUUUUGAGUAAAAAAUGAAAUGUACAUAUAUCCUAUAAAUAAACACGAAAUUAAUAAAAUAUAUUAAUUAUUUAUUUUAAUGAAACAUAUAUAUAUAUAUUUAUAUUGUAAAUAAAAAGAUAUGAAAUUUUUUAUUCAGAUACAAUUUCAUAGAAAAUAUAGGAAUAUAAAUUUAAUUUGUUUGUUUUAGAAUAAUUUGAUUAAUUUAAAUAUUUUUCAAAAAAUCAUUUAAAUAACUUUUUAAGGGUGAUCCAAAAUAAAAAAUCACACAUGAAUUAAGUCGUGACUUCUGUUUUAAUAUUAUAGAUUACCAAAAUUAUCAUGAGUUGUAGAACUCUUGAUAGCAUUAUAUAAGAUCAAUGGUAAAGGUAGGGGACAGAUUUCACUUUGUGGGUUAAAACAACCAAAGAUAUUUUCUCUCUAGUGAUCAUUAAUCAUAAAACUGUGUGUUCUUUUCAUUUGGUUUAUUAUAUAUCUAUUUAUAAAAGCAACGAAAAUGAAGUAGGACUGUCUCUUCUGAUUUAACAUUUGUACUGUUUGUUUCUUUCUUUAUUUUUACCUUGUGCGACCAUCAUUGAUACAUGUCGAUCGAUAUGUCAUCGAAUUAUAGCUGCCUACAAUUCCAUAAAUUCACUCUAAUGUUGGUCAAAAUAUAUUAAUUAAAUAAGAAAUAUGUGAUGUUACUGAAGGUGGAUUGAUUAAGAUAUAUUAACAGAUAAGACAUGUCUAUUAUCUAGUGAGUCUGAAAUCCAACAAAAAAAAAAUACAAGAAUAAGUUUCUUUUGUGUUACAAAAAAAAGUUUCUUUUAUCAAUUAAUUUUUCUACUUUUGUACACGAGUACGUACAUGUAUCAGACUCAUGUAUUUUUUUAAGUAGAAAACUGCCUAAAAGAUUACAUUCUUAAUAUCACUUUUCAUAUUAACUUAAUCACUUUUAGUUUUACCCUCAUUUUAAAAAUAAAAUAAAAACACAUAUAAUUUUAGAGUUAACUAAUCCAGACUUACUGUUUAUAGUGAGGAGUGCUUUGAAAUAUGGAAUUUAUGAUUCAAAUAAAUAUAUAAAUAAAUAGUUUAAAAAAAAUUAAAUAGUUCAUGAAAUAAUUUUUGAAUUUCAAAAAGAAAAUUUUGAAAAAAACAUUUCUGAAAAAAAAAUUCAAAAA